AUGCCCGCUGCGAGGACCAUGGUCGCCCGCAAGGUUUCCACAGCUGCUAUCCCUUACGAGCAAAUGGGUAUUACACAUCAAAUGAAGAGCUUCUUCACCCAAAAAGGUGUCCCUGUCGACGCUUACCCGAUCGUCUUCAUCACCCUAUUCAUGGCCAGUGCUGGUACCUUCAUGCUCUCAAAACAUAUCAAGGAAGACCAUGACCACCUCCGAUGGAUGCCUCGACAGGGCGGCUACGAGUUCCGACUCCCUGCUGAGAAGCUGUAG